CAAAUCACAGGUUGGUACCGGUGGCAGACUAAUGUGUUGUGUUUGAGCCGUACCAGUGGGGCAAAGGGGCUGCUCAAAUUUGAUGCGGUGUUGGCAGGUGGGGUAGGACUGAGUGGUACACAUGCACCCAAGAAGAUGCAUAUCUAUUCACAUGAGUAUUAUGCGGAGAAAGUUAGGAUCGAUGCAGACCAAGCCAUUCAUGAAAACAACAUCACUCACCGUGGUGCCAAGUUGAACAAGCACCUCGCUGUCACUCAAGAAAAGUUUGAGGCAGAAAGCAACAAGGUGAAGGAAGAGGUUGAGAGGAAGUAUAGAAAGGCGAAAGCGAAGUUUGCCAAAGCUCAUGAGCGCUUGAAGGGUGGUAAGAUGCCAAAGAUUGAUACAAAUGCGAAAGUCAAGGCCAUCCGAGAGCUAGGUCCAAUGUUAGACCGUAUAUUCCGCUACCUGUCUUAUGCAACCAGCAGCUGGAAGUUUUCAGUCCUCAUGGCUGGGCCUGACCCCACAAAGGGUGGGACAGCGGUAUAUGACUAUCACAUAGGCGAACUCAGGAAUGGUGCUCAAUUCAACAUGUUUUGUGAAAAGUUCAGCAGCAUCCAGCAAGCAUUCUUGGAAUUUACUGACAGGGCACUUGAAUUUGAAGCCACUCUGCCUCAAAACAACUCCGACUUCGACUUGGAGAGCAAUGAUAACACCGAUAACAAGAUGAACAAUAUCCAGACCAAUUCAAUGGAAGGCAGAGUGGAAGCUGGUAGCAGUGGUGGUGUUACGGCCAUGAAUUUAAACUUUCACAUGGACGACAGUCUAUAUAGGAUCUCACCUGAUUUGUUCAACAACGAGUCACAAGAGUGUUCUGCAUUAUUCGAUAAUGCAGGCCAGGGUUUCUUGUUGCAUGAGCACCAGCGACAGUCUACAUUACCCAGCCAGGCUUUUCAAUACCCGGACCUCAAUUUUGGUCAGACAGACCUGGACCCCAGCAUGCGAGCUUUGAUAGCUGGCAGUGAUACUCAAGUUCAGGUGCCUCCCCUGGGCCCUUUCAUCCCAGGUUCUUCGAUUGUUCUCAACGGCAACACGGAGAUCCAAAUGCAUCCCUUGGAUUCAUUCACCCCAAGCUCUACAUUCGCCAAGCUGCCAUUAUUCACUCUGAGCUCUGCAAUCUCUGAGCUGCCAUUGGUAUUACCCCCUCCACCAACUCCCCCACAGACCCCGCAAAUUCGUCUGCCUGCGGUUCCUGUCAAGCCCAUCCACAAAGAUCUAGAUGUACCUGUGCCUUCUUCCCCUUCUAACCAUCGUCGACGUGCAAGGGCACCCACAGUACAACAGCAAGUGCAUCUUCAAGAAGAACCUCGUCAACGCCAUGCACGCAAUGUUACCUUCAACAGGCGUGAGCUCGAUAAUGCCAUUGGGUCUAACUCCAGCACCAAGCAGAAACGAGGCUGUGGCGACGAUCUAGGCUCAAACAAGAGACCCAAGCGAGGGUAA